ACCAAUCAGAAGAAACCACGAAAAGAGACGAACGAAAGAUGGAUUGUGGCUCUUGUCAAAUAAUUAUUUUGUAUUGAAAUUGAAUUGUUGUGAAUUAGCUAUAAAGACUGCUGUAAUUAAAUUAUAGUUUAAUAAUGGACUACUUAGUGAAUAUUAACUGGAACAAAAUCACGCCAUGCCUUGUCUUAUUAGUGCUAGAAGUAAUGUUAGAAUUUUCAGAGUGUGCUACGCCGGCGGAGGUUAAUAAACACCUGGAGCUGGGCCGCGACUUCUUGGCUCGGGGUCAGCUAUCAGAUGCUCUGACACACUAUCACGCCGCCGUGGAGGGGGACCCACACAACUACCUCACAUACUUCAAGCGUGGCACAGUGUACUAUGCUCUUGGGAAAGCUAAGUUUGCCCUACAAGACUUUACUAAGGUAUUGGAGAUUAAGUCUGACUUCACAGCAGCGCGCCUGCACCGAGCUAAUGUGUACCUGAAGCUGGCCCAGUAUGUAGAUGCCAAAGAAGACUUCUUACAAGUUACGUAUGCGGAGCCGUACAACGAGGAGGCAAUCAGCCAGUACCACAAGAUCGACGCGCUCAUAGAGGACCUGCGCCUGGUGGAGGCGUACUACCGCGGCGGGGACUACCGCGCCGCCGUCGACCUCGCCACCACGCUGCUCGACACCUCGCCCUGGGCCGCGCAGCUGCGACAGCUCCGCGCCGAGUGCUACAUCGGACUGAACGAUCUGUUCUCAGCAGUGUCAGACAUUAGGUCAGUGAACAGACUGCAACAAGACUCCACAGAUGGCUACUACAGACUGGCCACCUUGUUGUACCAGCUCGGACAUGUCAACGAUGCUCUAAAGGAAAUUCGAGAAUGUCUAAAACUAGAUCCAGAGCACAAGAAAUGUUUCCCGUUCUACAAGAAGGUGAAGAAAGUGGACAAGUUCCUGCUGGACUGCGAGCAGGCUAGCGAGGCGCGGGACUACGACACCUGCAUCGACAGCGCCAACAAACUGCUGCGGGCCGAGCACGACGUCACGCUCGUCGUCUUCGACGGACGGAGGUGGCUCUGUACCUGUCUCACUAAGGACGAGCAGUGGUCGGCGGCGCUGUCGGCGUGCGGCGCGGCGCUGGAGCUGCAGCGGGACGCGCGCGCUCUGUGCGACCGCGGGGACGCACUGCUCGGACUCGACAUGUUCGACGACGCUAUCCAGUCAUUCAAAGAAGCGUUAGAGUUAGAAGAAGGUCUGCAACGAGCGAAGGAUGGACUCAGUCGCGCGCAAAAGUUGCAAAAAAUGUCAGAACAGAGAGAUUACUAUAAGAUAUUAGGAGUUAAGAGGUCUGCAAGUAAGCAGGAAAUAAUUAAGGCGUACCGCAAGGCGGCGCAGAAAUGGCAUCCGGACAACUUCCAGGGAGACGAAAAGAAACUCGCCGAGAAGAAGUUUAUUGACAUCGCUGCCGCUAAGGAGGUGCUGUCGGACCCGGAGAAGCGCGCCCAGUUCGACGCGGGCAGCGACCCGCUGGACCCGGAGGCGCAGCGCGGCGGCGGCGGGCCCUUCCACAACCCCUUCCACCACUUCCAGCACGGCUCGCCCUUCCAGUUCAAGUUCCACUUCAACUGAACGCACGCCGUCUGUACGCAUCGUCACAUCGAGCUAUGCAUCGCCAGUAUAAACUGACCUUUGGACGUGGGGAACGAUAAUAUAAAGCGAGACAUUGAUAAACUGGUUUUACAUAGCUCGAUAUGUACCCGAAUGUACUACAUAAUGUCACUCUUACAUUCUCUCCUUAACUUGUCCUACAUCAGACAGAAUACCAUAGAGUACUAUAUUUACAAUACACCAACUUGUUACUGUGAUAAAGUUCAAUAUACAUUGUUAUAACUUGUUCAGAUCAAUACUUCAAGUACUGUCGUCCACCGAAUGUAAAUAUUGUAUAAUUCAAUUAUAGCUAACUAAUAAAU